AUGGCGUCAAACGGCGCCGCCGAGGUCUUCACGCCCGACGAUGUCCUGGCUGCAAUGGUCACGAUGCGCGGCAGCGACGCCAGCAAGAAAACAGCCGCUAUGGACUACCUUGCGCGCUUCCAGAAAUCGGAGGGCGCAUGGUCUGUCACCGUCACAGUCCUGCAGUCGUCCGUCGAGGCCGAGGCCAUGCUGUUUGCUGCAACAACACUGAAGGGCAAGAUCACAUUUGACCUCGCCACCCAGGUCCAACCUGCCCAGCUGCCGGAGCUGCGCAACCAGAUACUGCUGCUGCUGAAGAAGUUCGCGUCCGGCCCGCGGCCCGUCCGUGUCCAGCUAUGUGUGUGUCUUGCCAUCCUUGCCAUCCAGAUGACCGACUGGAAGGACGUGUUGCCAACCGUCAUACGAGCGCUGGGCGACGACGUCGACAGCCAUGCCUGCAUCCUCGACUUCUUGCGCGUGCUACCCGAGGAGGUCACCGAGGGCCGCAAAAUCACGCUGUCGGAAGAGGAGCUCGCCGACCGGACACGAGAGCUGCUGGGCGACAAUGCCGAGGAGGUCAUUGGCCUUUUGACGUCCUACUCACAAUCUCACCUCCCCGUCAGCAGCAUCGUCAACUCGCCCCUCCUGAACGUCGUCAUCUCGGCGAUCGGGAACGAGGCCACCAUCCAGGCUGCGACGGACUGUCUGGGCACCAUCUGCCGCGAGACGCGCGACGUUGAUGACAACCUCGACACCGUCCAAGCCCUCCUGCCCCGCAUCAUCGAGCUCAGGCCAAACAUUCGCAAGUAUGCAGAGGAGGAGGACGCCGAGAGCUUCAAGUCUCUCACACUUCUUUUCGCCGACGCAGGCGACUCGUGGGUCGUCGCCAUCGCCCGCGAGCCCGUUCACUUCCGCCCACUCAUCGACGCUCUACUCGAGUGCGCCGCCCUCGACAAGGACUGCGACGUCAUCAAGUACACGUUUGGUUUCUGGUACGAGCUGAAGCAGUACUUGGUCCUGGAGCGGUACAUCGAAUCGCGCUUGCAGCUCGUUGAUGUCUACGCGAAGCUCGUUGACAUCAUGCUCGUCCGGCUGCAGUACCCGCGGCCUGACGAGGAGGAUGCCGCGGCUGUUGCGGCAGCCGACAGCAGUAGCGCUACCAACGCCACUCUCGACCUGUUCGACGGUGACCGCGAGCAAGAAGAGAAGUUCCGCGAGUUCCGCCACCACAUGGGCGACACGCUCAAGGACGCGUGCGAAGUCUUGGGCAUCACGGAGUGCCUGACGAAGGUGCUUGAUGCGAUUAAGUCGUGGAUGGCCAAGUACGCCGCGCUCGUCACCCCUACCUCGGUCCCCCAUUGGCAAGAGCUGGAGGCCCCUCUGUUUGCUAUGCGCGCCAUGGGCCGGAUGGUGGGCAAGAAGGAGGACACGAUCCUGCCUCAGCUGAUGCCGCUGCUUGUGCAGAUCCCAAACCACGAGAAGUUACGAUUUGCCACUAUUAUGGUCUUUGGCCGGUACACCGAGUGGACCGCCGAGCACCCCGAGGUCCUCGAGCCUCAGUUCAACUACAUUGUGUCGUCCUUCCAGACCGAGUCGAAGGAGAUCAUCCGCGCCGCUGCCCAGGCCAUCAAGUUCUUCUGUACCGACUGCCGGGAGCUGUUGAGUGGUCAAGUGAUUCAGAUGCAGCAGUUCUACGACCAGAUCCUCGACAAGCUGCCAGAGAUGAGCCAAGAGGAGAUUACGGAGGGUGUCGCCAGCGUCGUCGCUGUCCAGAAGCUGGAGGACAUCUACAAGCUGCUCAAGCUCUAUGUCGACCCUCUGAUCGAGCGCCUCAUGCGCAAGGCCAAUGCGGCCACCACCGAGGAGGGCAAGCUGGCCGUCGCCGACCACCUCCAGCUGAUUACGAUGUUUGUCCAGAUUGUCGUUCCCUACGUUCCCGAGGGGCAGGAAAACCCGGCCGUCAAGUACUGGCAGGAGGUGUUCCACGUGCUGUCGACCGUCCUGGAAAACUUUUUCCACUUCACCCCGAUCUGCGAGCGCGUGUGCCGCUGCUGGCGCUUCAUGGUUAUCUCGUACCGCACGGACAUGACGCCGCUGCUGGCGCCCAUGGCCAACAAGCUCGCCGAGGGCUUCACCGUCUCCAAGCAGGGCUGCUUCCUCUGGGUGACGGGUGCCAUCCUGCGCGAGUUUUCAGAAAACCGCGAGCACGUCGACGCCCAGAUCACAGAGAACAUUUACGUGUUUUUCGAGUCCCAGGCGACAAGCGUGCUGCGCUUCAUGUCGGACCUGCCGGCGGCUGAGCUGCCGGACGUCAUUGAGGACUUUUUCCGGCUGCUGGUCGACGCGCUGCUCUUCUACCCGCAGCGCUUGAUUCCCUCGCCACUCUUCACGCCCAUCUUCGAGGCCGCCAUCUCGGCCUUGGCGCUCGAACAGCGCGAGCCCCUGUCGGCCACGCUGCACUACCUGCGCGACCUGCUGACGUACGGCAGCACGAACCCGGCCUCUUCGACGCCCGACCUGCCCGCCGAUGGCUCCGCUAUGCGGCAACAGCUGCAAGUCAUUGUGCAGCAGCUGCUUGCGGUGCGCGGCGAGGUGCUGGUCAAGCAGGUGCUCGCGGGCAUGAUGAUUACGUUCCCACGGGACUGCUUUGCGGACGGCAGCGGCGUGUUGCUGUCCAUGUUUGAGCUGCUGCCGACAGAGACGACGGCGUGGGUCGAGCGGACGCUGCUGAUGCUGCCGGCGGGGACAGUGUCGCCGGUGGAGGUGCAGCGGCUCGUGAGCAAGAUCCAGGACCGGCUGCAGAGCCCAGCACAGGGCGGCCUGCGGCAGGUUAGAGCACUGCUGCAAGAUUUUACCAACUCGUACCGGCGGCGGUACGUGGCGCCACGCGAUGGUCUUGGCCAGCUGGAGGCAGCACGGUUCCGGUUUACGGGCUAG